AUGAGCUCAGAUGAUGUGGGAGUAAGACUAUCACAAAAAUUAUUACAAGGAUGGUGCAUGCUUAAUAAAAAUUGUGAAGAAUGCUAUACUCCAAUAAUGAAAAAAGACAAUAAAGAAUACUGCUGUGGCUGUCAGAGGUUUCUUGAAGAAGAAAAAAAGUCUGAGCCUACACAAGUCAUAGAAAAGCCAGAAAUCAGUCACAAAAAUGAUACACAUAACCAAGAGGACAAUAAAACCCCAGAAAUCACCGAUUCUACAAGUAUAUAUCACGAUUUUCCAGACAUAAAAACAGUCAGAGAAAAUAUCUUUAAUAAAAUGCUAGAACUUUCUAACCAUUUGCCAAGAAUAAAAGACUAUUCAGAAAUCUCAAAACUCUUAAAAAUGAUCAGUGACUGUGACUCCCUCUUACGGCAGCUUAAAUAA